AUGGACCUCCACUUCGUCCCGCUUGUUUUGGUAGGAGGCCUUGGCGGCAAACCAGAUGAGAAGCAAACGCCUCUGUCUAUACAAUCAGUUGAUUUAGCAGACGAUGUACGGUCGAAUCCUGCUCUAGAUGUAGUGAAAGCCGCACUGCUAGCUCGGAGCUACGACACGCAGCCCUGGAUUGAGCCGGUCAAACUAGGCAGCCCAAUUCUUCAUUUGAAGCUGUGCAAUGAGGCGUUUGUCUACGUCAGAGGCGAGAGACCCUCGAUUUUGUCUCCCAAAAACAAGGAAUCCUCUUUAUUUCCUGACGGAUUGUUUACUUACGAGUGGGUUCGAAAAUAUAGCGAGUACUGGCCGUCCACGGCGGUGGUUUUUUAUGAAUACACGAAUCAAACCGAUUUGCAAGAGCUCGGAUCUCAAAUCACCCAACUCAAAACAAAACUAACUGCUUUGGAUAUACGGCUGGUUGCAAUUGUCACCAGCACAGAAGCAGUGGCUUCGGCUGAUUUGGAGUCUGCCGUAGCCGAGCUGCGCUGGUCAACUGGUCUGGCUCCACGCACAGGCAUGCUGAUGCUUCCACCAGAUGCGAACGAUGUUGAAACUAGCGUUUUUGUUGAAACAUUGUGGCUGCUGCUCGGAACCAACUCUGCUGAUUUCUUCGCAAAUAGAGCAAGAGAAGUGAGGUAUAAACGCGACCGUCUCACCUCUGAAACUGCUUCGUUGCGAUGGGAUGCACGGUAUACACUGAAACUUGCGAUAUUCUCUGAAUUCAAGUACGACGUAAGGGGCGCCCUGAGAUUGUAUGAAUCUGCAUAUGAUUGUGUUCGUCAAUUGUUUGACAACGGUCUCGAGCCUAACGAUGCUUCUGCAUGGUGUGCUGCACGUGAAUUGCUGGACACAAUUGCCCUCAAAGUUGCCAAGCAUGCUCUUUAUCUCAAAGAUGCUAGCAUGGCCUCGAAAAAGUAUCGAUACCAUCUGCAUAGUGUUACGCAUUUGCUGCAAGUACAACAAUUGCCCUCGACACCAGCCUGGCGGGCUUUCAACUACUUUAAGCUAGCGAAUCUGGUCAAAAAUGCAACCCUAAAUCGACCGGUUGGAGCAUUCUACCCGGCAGCUCCAGGGUUGUCUAGUGCGCUCCCCCGAGCAGGAUUGCUUUAUCUUGAUGCUGCAAAAGCUGCCACCGAGCCCCCAGUUGAUAUGGACCCUUACAAAGUUGUUAAUAUUGACGUUAUUGAGGCUCUCAAUUCUGCAUACACCGACCUGCGGCCAUUCCCACAUACUGCUGGUCAUGCGUUACAAAUGCAGGCAGAGUAUUUAUUGUCAUUGGGUGAGAAAGCAGCAGCUUUAGACGCGUACGAGCGUGCCCUUCCAUUACUGCAUCCUGGCUGGCCCCAGAAAGCUACGGUGGCCCGCCAGAUUCUUCAACUGAGUAGCGAUGAUGUCCAGAAGGCAACUGCUCAGUUAGCCCUGCUGGCCACUGGCGAAUCUGUUGAAUUAGAGGAAACCACAAGAGAGCUGGGUCGAUUCGAUACCAGUUUGUUUGAUGUUGAAGGAACGUUUCAUGCUCAGUCGGGCUAUCUUGGCCGUAAAGUUGUCAGCCAAAUAACCCUGCAUCCAAAGUUCAAUGGCACCCUUCGCCUAGCUACAAUUAAAGCGAUAUUCACCGGUAAAUCGGUUAGUAUCGAGCAUGCGGAAAGUGCAGAUCCAGAACUGGAUGUAUACGCGAGUGGUGAUGCGAAUCUUGUGUUUUCUGGAGGCAAGCCAAAAACAUUCGAGCUAAGCAUGUCUGUGUCUGAACCGGGCGAAGUAACAAUGGAAAGCGUCCAUAUUUUCGGUGCAAACCCUGUCUUUCUGCAAGAAUGUAAAGUCAAGUCUGCGCAUGUGUGGCUACAGCAUCCUGUUUCGUCCAAAACAACCCGUCACCUGCAGCUGCCGAAUCCCCGUGAAAUUGAGAUACUGUCACGCAAAGCCCAGGUUGCGUUUGAGUUUGACACUUUCGAAAAAGUUGCGCCUCAAGAAAAGGCCGCUUGCUAUCUUACUAUCAUCAACAACGAGACCGAAGUAUCUCAUGUUAAGCUACAAGUCUACCUUGACGAAGAAGGGCUCAAUGAACAGAUGGUACACGAAGCUACUUUGGAUGUGGAUGCUCAAAGCAAGUCAAUUGAAACAUUUGACUACACUGCACCACCCCAGGGCACAUUUUCUUUAAGGGUCGCUGCCACUUACCAUACCGAUUCAGAUCCUAUGCCCGUCAAGGCAAGCGAGUCAAUCAGCAUUGAUACGUCCAAUAUGUUGCGCACAACAUUUGAUUUGACCCCGCAAUACCAUCCAGAUCCCUGGAAAAACCUGUUUGUACCCGAUGGAGACGAUAUGACCCCCAAGAUUGCUCGUGGGUGGGUGCUUCAGGUCACUGUACUUCCGUUGAUAAAAGAUGCACAGUUGCAUGAUGUCCGGGUAGAGUUUGAAAGUGAGGACGCAGAGAUUGAAUCUUUACCACGCCCGAAAUAUCAAGGAUCACUUGUGCAUAACAAGCCGGUUCGGGCGAGCUUUGGGUUUGUGUCCCGGCGAAAGAGCCGCGAUCUGCGGAGUUUUGACGGCAAGGCUAGCGUUAUUAUUACAUGGAGUCGCAACAGAACGCAGGAAAUUUCGAAUGAAUAUGUUUUGCCCCCCCUGCGGCUCUCUUUAACCCACCAGGAGCCGCGGGCGCUCUGCCUUGCCCGCGUGGAUGGAGGCACGGUGCACCUCGAUUACUAUGUUGAAAACAGCACCUCGCACAUUCUUACCUUUGCAGUGACUAUGGGAACGUCAUCCGACUUUGCUGUUCAAGGACCCAAAGGAGGAUCAUUACGACUGCUGCCGUUCAGCCGACGGAAACUGAGCUACGACAUGGUGGUGAUGAACGACAAGCGUGCGGUGCUGCCCUUGCUGCGAAUCUUCGAUACUACCUACAAAAGAGCUCUUACUGUUCUUCCUGGCAACAACACGGUAACCAAAGGACCAAAUGGUCUGCAUUUAAAUCUUUAG